GUACGGUGUUCGAGUUCGAGGAGUCGACGUGGUGCUGUCGUGUUCAGACCUUGUAUGAUGGUGAAAGACAUGAAGUACCACGGAUCAUCUUCACAUGCCGUUAUCAAGCUGAUCAUGAUACGAGGUAGAGAAGAACACUGAACCAGCAUCUUCUCUGUGACAACAAUCUUGAAUCUUCUAGGUGACAACGGUUCUUAAUUUCCAAGAAAGAUUUGUUGAAAACACUGCAAGAGGAAAGUGAAAAUGAUGCAGCACUUCCACCACGCUUUGUCGUCUGACAUGAUUGUUUCCGGUGUCCCAACUCCCAGUAGCUCGUCCUAUCGCGCGGCGCCUGAGGACAUCAUCUUCAGCAGACCAGGAAGGACACUAAAAACGAUGUUUCAUAGGAUAUUCGGCCUCGAUGGCACACAUGCGAGCACAGGGAAAAGCACCAACACGAGAAGAGGACAUACAGCAUUCGUCCUAGCGGAUUCUCCAGACUUGAUUGCCUCAGCGGCUCAGAGUGCUCGUGAAGCUGCGAUAGCGGCAGAGAGUGCGGCACAGGCGGCAAAAGUUGCUAUUGUUAUGAAAAAGUGUUUUAUGAUGAUAAAAAUCGCAGACAACGACCUCCAGUAUUUUCCAAAUGAUGAACUACUUUGUGUCCACCUCGCUCGUAGCUAAAUACUACACUGCACCUCCUUUUAAAUAUAUUAAAUACUGGAAAAAAAACUGAUGCACUCCACCCCCGCGCCCAGCACUCUAAUGUCCCCGAAGUAGCUGUUGCGAGACAGGCCAGUGGUAACGCACGGAAACAAAUUCAUUACCUUCGCUCGGCCAUGGAUGGACCACAAAGUCCAACAAUGGGCUCGUUUAACUGAGCAGCAGAUCGGCCAUGGAAGGACCUCAAAGUCCGACAAGAAUGGGGUCGUUUAACUGAGAGACAAAGGAAGAUGGAAUAUCGAAGAAAUAGGUAGACUGACUUUCAUCUAGGAUUUUGGAAGUUUUGGAUUUUGAUGAGACUGUGACUUUUUUGACGUACCUUCGACCUGCCUCUACUGCACAGAGAAAGAUGAAAUGUGUGUGUUUUUCGAAUGAAUCCUUGAACCGUCGAUGAUGUUCUCAAAUUGAUAUUGGCACUGUGAUGCACAGAUGUUGAAGGAGAAAUCCCGUGUUGACCACACUGAAAUGAACCCUCUCUCUGCAACCUUAAUGAUGUGGAAAAACAAGGACUCUGCUCAGAAUCAUCUGUCAACGAAUACGCUGUUGUGCAUCCAUAU